ACCAAACCAAAUACACUCUCCCUCUCUCUACUCGAUCUCCCUCUCUCCCGCAACAUGGUCAAGGAAGCCAUCACCAACGGCCGGCGCAGCCACGGCCAUGGCUCCGAGGUAACGGUCAUGGUGGCCUCGACGGUUGCGCCGGCGCUGCCGGUGCAGGAGCACCGCCUGCCGCUAUCCAACCUGGACCUCAUCCUGCCGCCUGUCGACGUCGGCGUCUUCUUCUGCUACGCGGACCCCGGCAGCAGCCACCACCCGUCGGCAGCCCUGAAGGCGGCGCUGGCGAAGACGCUGGUGGCGUACUACCCGCUGGCCGGGGAGAUGGCGGCAAAUGCGGCGGGCGAGCCCGAGCUGCUGUGCAGCGGCCGCGGGGUGGACUUCGCGGAGGCGGUGGCCGACGGCGCCGAGCUGCGGGAGCUGAGGCUGGGCCUGCCGGACGAGAGCGUCGAGCAGCUCGUGCCCAAGAAGAAGGACGGCGUCAUGUGCGUGCAGGUGACCAAGUUCAGGUGCGGCGGCGUCGUCGUCGGCUGCUCCUUCGACCACCGUGUCUGCGACGCCUACUCCUUCAACAUGUUCCUCGUCGCGUGGGCCGCAGCCGCCCGGGGCAGCUCCGCGUCACCGGGUCCGUCCUUCCACCGCUCGUUCCUCGCGCCGCGUGAACCGUCACCAACGUGCGCCGGCACCCUCGCGGACCGCCUCUUCGUCCCUGUCAGCUGCGCGCCAGCCCCGCCAGCCACGGCACCCGACGCCGCCAACCGCAUCUACCGCGUGUCCUCGGCCGACGUCGCUGCGCUGCAGGAAUCGGCGGGGCCCGGACGCACGAAGCUUGAGGCUUUCACGGCCCUCCUGUGGCAGCUCCACGCCAGGGCGGCCUCGAUGGGCCAGCGUUCGUGCUGCAUGGGCGUGGUCGUGGACGGGCGCACUCGCCUCCGACGUGACGGCGCCAUGAAGGCCUACUUCGGUAACGUCCUGACCAUCCCGUACGGCGUCAUAGGGUCCGACGACCUGCGCGGCAUGGCCCUCGCCGACGUGGCGAACGACGUGCACCGGUGGGUCACGGAGGCCGCCACCGGCGAGCACUUCCAGGAGCUCGUCGACUGGGUCGAGGCCCAGCGGCCCGAUCCCACGGUGGCGAGGGCCUACCUGGGCCGCGGCAGCGACGGCGAGGACGCGACGGCCUGCGUGGUGUCGUCGGGGAUGCGGCUCCCGGUGGGCGAGGUCGACUUCGGGUGGGGCCAGCCGGCGUUCGCAUCGUACCACUUCCCCUGGCCCGGCGGCGCCGGGUACAUCAUGCCGAUGCCUAGCGCGCGCGGGGACGGCGACUGGGUGGUGUACGUCCACGCGGCGCCGGAGGUGGUAGCGGUGAUGGAGGAGGAGCCAACCGUGUUCAAAGCCCUGGAGAGUAGCUACAUAUUCGGUUGAUGUGGCAAGGGAAGCUAGGUACAUACGAGAUCAUGUUUAGUAAGUUGAUGGCGCCAUCGCGUCAUCGUGCAUGUGUACAUGUCUAGUCUGUGGUUUACCUUGCGUUCCGUGCGUGUACGUGUGGCACGUACUUGUACUGUACUGUUAUGUACGCAGCACUGCGGGGGACAGUCAAAUGGGUCGACGGCACUAUUGUAAUCGUGAUAUCACGUUGUCUAAUCAAUGGGAAUAAUAUCGUACCCUCGUA